AUGUCGCGAAACGUGCAUUGGCGUCAACACCAGUCAAGCAAUAGCACGCACUCCGGCCGUAGUGCAGACAGCGACCACUCGUACGAGACCGCACCGACUGAAUACAGCGACAGGCGGCCGUCUCUGGCGCAUAGCGAGACAUGCCACGCACGAGUAGAAGGUCGUCAAGAUUAUUUCUCAAACCAAGAUGAUCACAACAAGUACUCGCAGCCAGCGCGUAGUUCUGUUGACACAUAUGCGUCUACAUCACAAGAAGACCUCGCAGACGACAUGGAUGACAUGCCAGAGUACCACGUACCGCAACACCAUCACGAACCGCUACCCACCGACGCCAUUCCUACAACACCCCGCGACUUCGCUGAACUGUUCCCUACUACCAAACGCAUAUCGAUACGUCACGACGAUGCAACAAUAGACGGGAACAUGAACUUGAGGGUAGAUACGCAGGUGGAGGAACGUCACCAUAAGAAGCAGAACUACACUCUGUAUCAUCUGCGCAUGCAAGACCUACGUACUCGUGAUUUCUCUCUGCGCCGUUACUGCAGAGAAUCUGGUCGAGAGGUCUGCCAUUCAAUACGGAAGUACCAAACCCCGCCUCCGGAAAAGCGGCCAGUAUUGCAGCGUGCGAGUACAGCCCUCGCGAGUUUGGUCCACAAGUCUGAGACCCGCCCCUUAACUGCGACCAGCCUUAAACGCUCGGACUCUGGGUACGAGUCGGUGCGGGACGAUGUAGAUGACGCCGACGAGGACGAUGUAGAAGAGGUGUCACGUCCCCAGAAUGCAGGCUACUUCAAGGGUCGUGCGCUGUUGCCUACUAAUACCCUCAAGCUGGAGUUCUCCAACUACGCACAUCUCGAGGUCAAAAGAAGAGGUGCCAAAUCGCACAAGAAAUAUGUCUUUGAGCAUUGGGGUCAUGACUAUUCCUGGAAACGCAUAGUUAAGAAAGAACGUGAACAGGAGACAGUAUCUUACUAUCUCGUCCGUGACGACAACGAGAAGGAGCCACUCGCUCAUAUUUGCCCUGUUCGAUUGACACAGGCUGAGGCGCGUGAGGAGGCAGCGCGUGGAGGAUGGGUCCCCCCUUCCUAUCUGCGCAUCACUGACGAGAAGAUCUUGCAUUCUGAUACGGAUAUCGCAGAUGUUGUGGUUGCUACUGGCCUUAUGGCCCUUGUAGACGACUGUAUCAAGCGCCGGUUCUCCUCCAAGCAAAGUGCGCAGUUACACAUCCCGCUCAUUCGGAGUGCUUCACUGAAGAUGAACAUGGAAUACAUUGGUCCCAAACGGCUUAUUGAUGAGAUGUUCAGUCGGAACACUCGCGUCGGGAGCCCAAGCAAACAACCGUCAGCGUUACGCCGUACCUCUGUCCAGGCUUAG